CUUCCCUCUUCCUUUGGCGCUUGUCGCCUCUCCUGAAGCGCAUGGGGAAGGCCCUUUGACAACAGGUGGUCUGCCAUUCGCCUGGCGCAGAUUGGUGAAAGCCAGUGUUGUAAAACUGCCGCUCUUGCGAGACUCUUGCUCGCUGCUGUUUGCUCUUUGCUUGCGCUGCAAGAUUGCUGUUACUGCAGUCCUGACGAGCAUAGAACUGAGUGGACUGUGCUGAUCGUGGGACGUCGUCCUUCGGGAUGAAGCGACCGAGGGAAGAUGCGCCCCCAGGGCCCCAAAUCAAGCGGGCGCAUGGACCAGGGCCGGAGAAGCCUUACGAGGCCCCAUUACCAGGCGCAAAGCUGACGACGGAUGACGCGCUGGCGUACCUCAAGGCGGUGAAGGACAAGUUUCGGGAUGACAAGGUCAAGUACGACGAAUUCCUGGAAGUGAUGAAGGACUUCAAAGCUACCAGGAUUGACACUGCGGGAGUGAUUGUGCGUGUCAAGGAGCUGUUCAAGGGCCACCGCAACCUCAUCCUCGGUUUCAACACUUUUCUGCCAAAGGGGUUUGAAAUCACGCUACCCCUGGAGGAGGAGUCAGAAGAAGACCCGGUGGCGAAGAAACCAGUGGAGUUCGACCAAGCCAUCAACUACGUGAACAAGAUCAAGACCCGCUUCUCCAACAAUGACGCUGUUUACAAGACCUUCCUGGAGAUUCUCAACAUGUACAGAAAGGGGAACAAGAUGAUCACCGAGGUCUACAAAGAGGUGUCGACGCUGUUUGCGGACCACAAAGACCUGUUGGACGAGUUCACCUACUUUCUGCCGGACACCAGUUCCCCCUGGGUCAUGCAGCAGCCGUACUACCCCAAGGCGCCCCAGAUUGCAGCCAAGGUGGCUCCCAACAAGGACAUCCCGCCACCCCCCCAGAGGGCGCAACCAAUCGCCAAGCGGCAGGGCCCCCCAGAGCUCGCCAAGCCCAAGGACGAGCGUAAAGAGAAGGACAUCAAGCCGAUGGUGGAGGCGCGCGGCCCACGCGACGUGGUGCGCAAGGCCGACAAGCUGCCGGGGCUCAAGAGGGAGGACGGGCCCGAAGUCAAGGAGAUGACGGCCGAGGAGCGCAAGGCGCACAAGAAUGCGAACCUGCAGAAGGAGUUGGUGUUCUUCGAGAAGGUGAAGGCGCGGCUGCGCAACAAGGAUACGUACCAGGACUUCCUCAAGUGCCUCAACCUGUUCAGCCAGGAGAUCAUUGGCCGCACCGAGCUGCACAGCCUCGUGAGCGACAUUCUGGGCAAGUUCCCCGACCUGAUGGAGGGCUUCAACGAGUUCCUGGCGCGCUGCGAGAGCCUGGAGGAAGCAGUGAAGCCGCGUCUGGAGAAGCCCGCCGCCCCGCUGAAGGACCUUCACGUGGCCCGGCCGUCCCUCCCCGCCAAGAAGGACUACACCAGCCGGCCCAUCUCGGAGCUCGACCUCUCGGCCUGCGACCGUUGUACCCCCAGCUACCGGCUGCUGCCUAAGAACUUCCCUCGCGCAACAGCCACGUACCGCACGGAGCUGUGCCGCAAGGUGCUGAAUGACGACUGGGUGUCGGUGACGUCGGGUAGCGAGGACUACUCGUUCAAGCACAUGCGCAGGAACCAGUACGAGGAGGCGCUCUUCCGCUGCGAGGACGACAGAUACGAGCUGGACAUGUUGCUGGAAUCGACUUCGUUCACGGCGCGCAAGGUCAAGGAGCUUGAGGAGCGCUGCGCCAAGGACGGCGAGAAGAUCACCGUAGACGAGCUCAACCCUGUGAACCUGCGGUGCGUGGAGCGCAUUUAUGGCGACCACGGGCUGGACGUGCUGGAGAUGCUACGGCGCAACCCUGGCGCAGCGCUCCCUGUGCUGUACCAGCGGCUGUGCCAGAAGAAGGAGGAGUGGGCGCGGUGCCGCGAGGACAUGAACAAGGUGUGGCGCGACGUGUACGCCAAGAAUUACCACAAGAGCCUGGACCACCGCUCCUUCUACUUCAAGCAGCUCGACAAGCGCAGCCUCAGCUCCAAAGGUCUUCUGCUGGAGAUCAAGGAGGCCCACGAGCACAAGCGCCGCGAGGACGAGAGCAUCCUCGCGUUCGCUUGCGGUUCCCGCCGCCCGCUCAUCCCCGACUACACGUUCGAGCUCCCAGAGCCCGCGGUCCACAACGACCUGUACAACAUCAUCAAGUUCGCCGCCGACGAGACGUUGUCCGAGGAGCAGAGCGCCAAGGUCAUGGCCUUCUGGACGUCGUUCAUCGAGCCGUUCUUCGGCGUCAACCCGCGGGUGCUCGAGGACAGUCUCGAGGUGGCCGGCAAGGGCAAGGGCGCGACCCUCGCGAUCGAGGCCAAGCCCUCAACCGUUGCCGCCGACGGGAAGACCGUUACCGCGAGGAACGCGGAGAAAGGGGAGAAGGGCCCGACGGAGCCCGAGAAGAAGGCGGGCGUGGCGAGCGCCAAGCCCGCCGCGCCGAUGUCACCCGGAAAGGACCAGAUGGCGGAACCAACCCUUGCGGGGCUCGCCGCCGGCGCCACUCAUGCCCUCGCGGCAAACGCCGACGCAGCAGCCGCAAGCGCAGCCGGGGAGGCCCCCGCUCCGGGCCCCGUUCCUGCGACAGCCGCCGCUUCGGACAGCCCCUCAGAGGCGCCCACCGCCCCCGCAGGGCCUCCACCGAAGCCACAAGUCGACGCUAUGGAGGAGGACGAGAAAGUCAAGGGGGGCGUUUCGAUUGAGAAGGGAGCUCCGGGGCACGAGGAGACGAACAGGAUUUCGGGGGAGAAAGAAGUAGCGGAGAAGGUGACGGCACCGGCGGAGGGCCCGAGCGCGGACGUGAACGGGGUUGCGGCGGACGGGGCUCGGAAGGAGGAGCUGGAGGCGACCCCAUCGGGAGACGACGAGAGGGCCGACCAGGCAGGGGCAGCAGGUCCCUCCAAGGCACUGGCUAACGGAGACCGUAAGCACCCGGAGGGCGAAGAUAUGGAGGUGGACGGAGACAACGAGGCGGACGCAGACGACGAGGGAGACGAUGGGCACGGGUCCGCGGAGGAGAGCGGGGAUGACUCGGACGGCCCCGAGGAAGGCCACUUCAGCGAUGCGGAGGAGGACGAGCAGGACGACGAGGACGACGAGGGUGAUGACGGCGAGGGCGGCGGCGACGCCGACGAUGACGACACGUCCCCUUCCGGUCCAGAGCGCGCGUUCUCGCAGUGCAAGCCGCUCGCCGCGCGCCAGAUCCCGGGUUUCGAGAGCGCGCCCGGGCGGAAGAUCUUCUACGGGAACGACACGUUCUACGUGCUGUUCCGGCUGCACCAGAUUCUGUACGAGCGGGUGUCGGCAGCGAAGCACGCGGCGCGGGAGGCGGAGGAGAAGUGGCGGCAGUCCAAGGACUCGCCGCCGCCGGACUUGUAUGCCAAGUUCAUGCAGAUCCUGUACAGUUUGCUGGACGGUCAGAUCGACAACUCGCGCUUCGAGGACGAGUGCCGCGCGAUGCUGGGGACGUCCUCCUACGUCUUGUUCACAUUGGACAAGCUCGUCUUCAAGUUUGUCAAACAGAUCCAGUCUGCCGCGGUGGAUGACGUGUCCAGCAAGAUGCUCGCGCUCUUUGCAUACGAGAAGUCCAAGCCGACCGGCGGUGUCAUCGACCUCGUCUACCACGCCAACUCGGCGCUCCUGCUGCAAGACGAGACAAGCUACCGCUUCGAAUACAUGAUGGACCUGGGCGCGGAGAAGCUGGAGAUGACGGCGGGCACCAUCGAGCCGAUCUUCAACGACUACCUCACCGAGUUCCUGCAGUCCAUCCCCGACAACAAGGCCUCGCGCGUUUUCCUCUCGCGGAAUGCACGGCAGUAUCUGGCCCUUCCGGAGGAGGUGGCGUUUCUGAGAGCAACCGCCCACACGCGCAUCUACAACGGCCUCGAGUGCAAGAUCACGUGUCAAAAUUCCAAGGUGUCCUACGUUCUGGACACGGAGGACUUGUUCCAUAGGAAAAAGGGGGCGAAGGCGGGUGCUGGUAAGGCCGCGGGUAAGGCCAAGGCGCGUGUUGAAAAGUUCCAAAGAUGGGUCGAAACAAAGACUGGAGCCGCAGCGCUACCUCCGCCCGAGCCGCAACCGGCGAAGCUUGAUUGACAUGUAAAGGUCUGAAGUUGACGAGGGCCCCCUUAGGGAGCCGCCGGAGGUUUCUUGAGAUGCCGCAAGUGACGUCUCCCCAUCCGUACCCCGUACAGUAGGUACCCAUUCAAAAAGUAAUUCCAUUGAUGUAGGUAAGAGAGAGGCCCGAGCGCGUGUCGGAACGGAUGUUCUUAUGACUGGACAGUUGCUUUUGCAACGUCGCCGUUCUUC